CCAAGACGAAACAACUUCGGUUUUCCAUGUUCAACUGGGCACUGGGAAACCGCGACGACGUCGUAUGGUCAAAGAGCGAAUGGCUCAGUAAUAAGCGCUCAUCUGGAUGACAGGACAAACGAUAAGAGCAAGCCAAGUAUUUACAGCAGUUUUCCAGGGGAUGGAAGCUUUUUCCCUUUCUGGGCUAGAAAAUGUGGCUGUGCGGAAUGUAUCAUCGCCAGUGACAAGAUGGGGACAAACACCCUCCGUAAUCAAAAUAGGUACAAAAAUUCACAGCAAAGUGGCUGUUUCAGUCGAAAAACAAAUGGGUAUAAUCAGGCGCUUCAAACAAAGGGACGCCUUGGAGGAGAUCAAGUUAUAAAUGCGCAAUGCACGCAGGGAAACGGCAAUGGCAUAGCAGUUUGGCCAGAGAAGGAUCGACUUACAACUUUAUCUGACAAGAUGCAAAUACGUGACUUUAUUACUUAUAUCCAACACCCAACCGAUCCCAGGACGUCCGCGUUUUAUCAAUCUGCAGCUCGCAGCCAGUCUCCGACAACGCCAGUUGUUGAUGAAACAACUUCAUAUACCAGGUGGUUGAAUACAGACUCCGUGGUUAAAGGUAACGAAGCUGUAACAAACUAUUGGCCAUGGUAUGGCACCUCAGAUGAGGUUAGCUACCACAAUCAACAGCAUUUCCCAAGUAUACAUCAAACCUCUUCCACCAAGUUAAGCAGCCGAGAUCCGCGCUUGAGAAGCAAGAGUGAGAAAUGCAAUGGGAACAGCGCGUUAACUUCAAAUAAAAACUCAAUUUACCAAGGCGACGUCAAUUUUCUACCAUUAAGUGGAACAGGAAAAAUAUUUCGAGACGAACAUCAAAGCGAAGACAACAACAGCGAGAGAUAUCGGGAGAAGAUUGAACACAGCUCUCUUCAAGGAGGAACAACUACGGCAACGUGGUGGAAUGUCUCGGCAAUGGGUCAGCAUCCCAAGCCUGCGCAAGCUCAAUCUAUUUACCCUGAAAGAUGUGCACCUGCAACUGAGAAGAAGGAUGACCUGUCUAGUGACGAUUGGAACGUUCAGCGAAGCUGGGUAAAGCACUCGAUGCCACUGACACUGAGCGAACUUUCAAACAAACAUGGCGUCAAUGAAACGAUUUCCUGUGGUACCAGUCCACACAGCAAUUUUUCCUGGAAUCAUACUUCGCUUCCACACGAGAAAGCUUGCAGAACGUCAGAAGAAAAGCUGCAAAAGGGAACUAAGUGGUCACCAAAAAAGUUGGACUGCUUCGAUUCUAAAAAUAAACAUGGAACAGGCGAUCUCGAUUCAUUUCAAAAUGGUGGCUUACAUCGAAAGAAACAGAAAUCAAGAACCUAUAAGAAAGCUUUGGAAAAUGUCCAAGACGCCAAAAUCUUGGAAAUAUACGCCCGAGAGGAAAGGAUAAGAAAUUUAAAAACCCUUCUUGCUAAACAAGAACAAGCACUGGACACCCUGAGAUUUCAGAGGAAACAAUCUUUUUCUGACGAACUAAGCGGAAGUUUCUUUGAUAUUAAAAACAAUGAAGCACCUCAUCGGAAGUCGAGUGAUGAAGAAGACGUCGUCGAAGAUAAAGAAGAAAGCUGUUCUACACCAGGUGCCAAUCUUGUCGGAAAUUCGUUAAAACGAAGAUGGCUCAAAAACUGGAAUGAAGAAGAUCAACUUGAUCACAAACCCCCGGAGAAAAUUGAAAAGAGGAACGAAAUUGACGCGCAUGGUACGCUAUCUGAAGAUGGAAAUCAGAACCUCAGCAAUGCUGAAUUUACGGCAUUAGAAGGGCUAGUGAAACUCAGCAAGGACUAAGACAUAGUAAAUGUAAGCUUUUCAUCAAACAUUGACUUUAAUUCCACGCGCAAAACAUACGUUGGUUUAACCUUAAAGUUGUAGACCAUAUAGUAUAGACUCUGACCUCGCUCAAUAACCGAUUGCUGGAAACUAAGUAUUUUAAAAUAGAUAAAUUUUGCAACAUUUUGAUUCGGA